UCUUUCCCCUUCCAAAAAAUAAAAUCAAAACCCUUCAUUUCAUUACAUCAUUAAAAAAAAAAAAAAAUCUCCUACAACUACAAAUGCAGCCUAUCGAACUCUCCGAGCUUCAUUACCUAUUCUACAACACAUCCCAAUUCCCUAACCAAUUCAAUCUUACAACACCUACAACAACAACAACAUCAUCUCACAAUUUCCAAUCCCUCAAUCCUCACCCAACAUGUCCGAGCACAAACUCGACAACGUCCGACGACGCUGGCGGCGAGACUGUAAUAAACGAGCGAAAAAAGCGAAGAAUGAUCUCGAAUCGAGAAUCCGCUAGAAGGUCCCGGAUGCGCAAGCAGAGGCACCUCGACGAGCUCUGGUCCCAGGUUGUCUGGCUGCGCAACGAGAACCGUCAUCUUUUGGACGAGCUCAACCAAGCGUCCGAGCGACACGAGGAUUACGCUCAAGAGAAUGCGCGGCUCAAGGAACACAUUUUAGAGCUUCAUCGGAUGAUCGCUAACAACGUCGUCAAAAAUGGUCCCUGCCCUUCUUGUCUUGAGGGCCUCCACGACGGCGACGACUCCGCCGACGGCGUGGGAUCCGGCAAUGGAUUGGUUUGAAAUUAAAAUAUAUUGUAAUUUGUAAUUAAUUUUAUAUUGUUGUUUUAAGUAUGUACCAUAUGAAUGUAUAUAUAUGCUUAGUAAUGCAAUAAAAACUUGUUAAUGUUACUAAAUUAAAUAAAUCAAGAUAAA